UAAUUCCAGGCAACAGAGUGGUGGUUGAAUGACAUGUACAUGUCAAUACCCCUGGCAUUACCGAUAAACAGCAAUCCCGGUUUAGCAGCAAAGCCAAAAGUUUUUCAGAACCAACAGGAAUCUGCAGUUUUUCUGGCAAGAUUUUUGAUGCAGCUCCUGGACUAUCAGGAAAAAUUGGACAGAAAAGAGCUUGAAGUGGAGCGUGUAAAAUCAUGUGAUGGCAAAUCAAUGCAACCACUGUGUAUGGCUCAACACUAUCAAAUCCUCCGCAUAUACCGCAAGCCUGGAGAAACAGUCGAUGAACAAAUAAUACUCGACAGAGCUACUUCUGGUGAUCAUAUUAUCGUCGCUCAUUACAACCAAUUCUAUAGCGUCCCGGUGAGAGCUUCCGAUCGUGACAGAAUAACGGAAGCUGAAAUGGUACAGCAAUUGCUGAAGAUAAUGGAGACUCCCGCGGAUCCGCGAACUCCUCCCGUGGGUGUAUUGACGGCAGCUAAACGACCGGUUUGGGCACGAGCACAUGAACGAAAUCGGCACAAUCUUGAAUUACUUGAACGGUGCCUUUGUAUUGUAUGCAUCGACGAAGACGUAUUGCCAGUAACAUUUAAUGAGCCUUAUAAUAAAACAGAUCGGUGGUUAAACGAUCGCGAUUAUGCAAAUGUUUUACAUCAUUGUUUACACGGCGGUGGCUCGAGACAUCACGGCGCUAAUCGUUGGUUCGAUAAAACAUUCCAUGUCAUCCUUGGUAAGGACGGAAUGUGGGGUAUGACUUACGAACAUUCAGCAGGUGAAGCACCAGCAAUAUUCAAUUCUUUUGAAACGUUAACCGAUAACGUUGAUGCAAUGCCACCUCCCGAUAAUUUGGUGCCAUCACAUUUGCCAUCACCUGAAAAACUUGAGUGGCGCUUGUCUGAACAGAGUUUGAAUGACAUUCGUGAAGCUAUGACAACUUUUGAUUCAUUGGUCGAAGAUUUGGAUCUCUGUAUCCUGUGGUUCCAAGAUUACUCCAAGGAAUUCGUUAAAAGUUGCAACAUCAGUCCCGACGCUUACAUCCAAUUAGCCCUUCAACUCACCUACUUCAGAUUACACGGCUGUUUGGUGGCAACUUAUGAAAGCGCGGGCAUCAGAAGAUUCGCUCAGGGAAGAGUUGACGUAAUUCGUGCGGCCAGUCCAGAAAGUCUUGAGUGGGUGAAGGCGAUGUGCCAGGGUGACCCUGACAGUUCUUUUAAUGAUUCACAAGAGGAAGGCACCAAAAGAGUACAGUUCACCAUUUACAGUAAGCAACGGAUAAAGGAGCUGUUUGAUUUGGCCGUGCAGAGGCAAGCCAAAGAAAUCGCGGAUAACAUUAAUGGGCUGGGUCUAGACAAUCAUCUAAUGGGAUUGAGGUACGUCGCUAAAGAAAUGGGAGAGAAUAUACCGGAGUUAUUCAACGAUGAGAGUUUCAAUAUUAUCCAUCAUUUCGCUCUCUCGACUUCGCAGGUGACGACCAAAAACGACGCCAUUGUUGGUUAUGGACCAGUAGUACCCGACGGGUACGGAUGCGGGUACAAUCUCAGGAAAAAUGGCUUCAUAUUUUCCUGCUCGGCGUUUCACAGCGAUGGAAGAACAAACGCGCGUAAGUUUGCACAAACUUUAGAGUUAAGUUUACGCGACAUGGCGGACAUGCUGAAGAGUUCACAAAGCCGAUAA